AUGGCAGGAAGGAAUGAUGCUGCUCUUGCUGCUGCACUGCAAGCUAUGGCGCAGUCGGUGCAGAAUAACAACAAUCAAAAUGCUGGAGAUCUGCAGUUUCGCAAUUUAGAGAGGUUCCAAAGCAACAAACCGCCUAAGUUUGAAGGUGGUAUCAUUGAUCUAGAUAAUGCACAGAAAUGGCUGAAGGCUAUUGAGAAGAUCUUCAAAACCAUGGGAUGUGUCGCCCUUGGAUGCAAUGAGGAUCAGAAGGUACAGUUUGGUACGCACAUGCUGGAAGGUGAAGAUGAGGUUUGGUGGGAUAACAGUCGUCAGAGAAUGGAAGCUGCAGGGACUACUGUUACUUGGGUAGUGUUUCGGGCUGAGUUUCUGGAAAAGUAA